GCACUGUGGGAUUGCAGAGUAUUGACAUAGCAACCAGCCGACAUAGCCACCUCCUCUGCUCCUCCUGUUUUAGCUUUUUCGCAGUCUAUUCUGAGUAAAAUUCGCAGGCCUCGCCGUUAUCCGCUGCCAUGAACGAGGCAGUAGUAAAAAAGACCCAGGACACGCUGGGUAAAGUCAUAAAGAGACCGCAACUCUCGGAGAAACUGCUGAGCAAACCGCCGUUUAAAUACCUACACGACAUCUUCAGUGAGGUAAGACUGCUGUGCUAAUGUUAGGAUAACACCGGACAACUGGGCUCUGUUUAACCAUCACUCAAGUAUCUUUUACUAGUAUCUUCUAAAAGUCAAUUGCCAGCUUGACCUACGUUGUCUACAUGCACUGAGAAGUAAGCUAGUUAGCUUAUUAGCAUGAACGAUGCUAAUUCGCUAAAUGAGCUAGCUAAUAACUUCGCAGUUUAUUCCUCGGCUUUUUUAAGUCGCCCUGGAUCAUACAGAGCACACUUGGUACGGGUACUUCAAGCCGUUCAACCGUUAAGUUUGAGUACAGUUAUCGAUUUGAAUCCUGAUAGCCCUUAGCUCACUAUCCGCGUGCACGGCGUCGUCCAGUUGCUAGGCACGACCUGAACCCACACAGGAGUCAACAAACCCAUUCUGUCCACUAUUAUGUACCCUGAACUGGAAGUUGUCGGCUGCCAGGACCAUAACGACCAAAUUAGCAGCUAAUUUAGGAAUAUUCAGGGUAUUUUAGCCGUUUCUACACCGUUUUUGUGUUCAACAAAGCUGCAUGAAAACUGGGUACACCGGUACAUUAAUGAGUGAGUUACAGGUUAAUUUUGAGUCAUGGCCUUUUCAGCCAAUGUCUCUAACUACAGUUGGCAUCAGUUAAACAAGUCAUAGCAGUUAUCCUCUGGUCCAGAUAGGGGGGAGUGGGCUAAGUUGAGCCAAAGGGUAUGUCGAGCCAUCUCCUGUUGCUUGGAAAUAGUAAAAUAGGAGACCACUUUUUUUGGCAUGCUAUAUUAUCAAGACAGUUAUGUUUCCUUCUGUUGGUUUGUAGGGAUGAACAACAUCUUGAAAUAUAUGCAAAUACACUAGUUAGAGACAAAACUAUGAUCGCCUUGAUGUAGUGAUCCGAAAUAUGAAAAAUGGCUCAUCUUAUCCCACUCUUCCCUACCCCUUAAAACAAGAACUAUUGUUUCAGUGUAAUGAUCUCCACCACUCUGGCAUUGUGUCAAACCUAUGAUGAAACUGGGUUUGACAGACUACAUGACCUUUCUUUGUCGUUAUGCAACAGAGCUCCCUUACACCAUGUAUCAACCACAGCAAAAUCUGUUUCACUUUUCUUAACCAGGGUGAGACCUCGUUCUCACCCUCCAUCUGUUGAGGAGGAUAAUAUUUCACUGUAUGCUCAUGCAUAUUGGAUGAAGUGAAGUGUGUUGGCAUGUGUGACUCUUUUCAUGUGAUUAGCAACAUGCUUGCCUGCACAGUUGAGCAGACAACUUCAUUUUCCGAAUAGAUAUUGUCUGGACUGAGAUGACAAGGCCGCAGUUUUAUUCCAGCUAACAAUAAAUUGAAAGAAUUGCACUAGCCUUUUCUUUUUCCUUUGUUUGGAUAGUCUUUGUGUAUUUUGAGUUCUGCUUUAGUGGUGAAAUGGUUGUUAGAGCCAAACCAUGUAUCAGAAAAGCAGUGAUGCUGGAUCCUGGAUUGAUUUUAGUAGUUAGGGCCGACUGUAAGCUGCCCAUUUAGGAACUAAUGCUGUAGUACAGCUAUUGUAUGACAUCAUAUGUGUUAUAUAAGGCGGAUGAAACAGUUAUGAAAGCAAAUGAAUCUGACAGAGUUUGAAACCUUUAUUUCAGGUUAUCAGGACCACUGGUUUUAUGAAAGGCCUGUAUGGAGAAAAUGAAUUGAAGUCUGAUAAUGUUAAGGUAAGUAAAAACACGCCACACUUCAGAUUGAUCUUGACUACUUUUAUUACCUCUACCUUUAACUACAUAAACCAAAAGAGCCUCUUUUUAGAGUAUUAUUAGAGUAUACAUUCAAUGGGCAUAAGCCAAUUAUGUGUUCAAGAUCCCCGUGUUACGUUGGUCAGUCUGCAGGUGUCUGAGUAUAUGUGUGUGCGUGUGUGUGAGUAACUUUACACUGUUUGAGACACACUGAGCAGGAGGAUCUGGCAGGACAUGACUAAAGUGUCUGCCAAGGUGUCAGAACUCAAGUCUGUAGUUUUUAAGCUGAUUGUACUUCAAUACUGGUCAGGAGUAUGGAAGGAUUAAGAAUGCUUUAACGCUGUACAACAUAUGAAGUAGCUCAUUUUGAAAAUCUAUAUUUUAUUGUGUCUCUUGUCAUGGUUUUUUUUUUCUUUUUUAAAACAAAAUUCUGUCAUUUAAAGUAGGGAUGUCAUUCUUUUGUUAAACCUGGAUAGGCAACCUGUCGCCACAUACUCGAGCAACCAUCCUGAACUGUGCCCAAUGACUGAUACAAAAUAGUGAUGCUAAUCCUUGAUGCAAACCUGUAAUGUGUUUCAUUAAGCCUGCCUUUUCAAAUAUGUCUGUAGUGCAUUAUUUGCCUACAUUGAAUACCUGUGCGAGGUUAUGUUGCUCGUUAGAAAGGGCAGCUGAUUAUCAGAUGUUAUACAGAAGGGUUGGGUGGUUGCACAGGCUACAAGUCCUUAUGUUACACAGUUGGCAGACUUCUCAGAUGCAGCUGACACCGCUUAACCGGGUCAUUAGUCUGGAACAGAUCUUGUUUCGUUUACUUGCUUGCAGUAAUAAAAUCAUAGUACCAAUAAAUGUUUACUUAUUCUAAAGACAGUCUUUGUCAUAAUUCAGGUUUUCCACAUCCUCUCUCUUGCCACCCAAUGAAAUCCCAAAAAAGGGGUACUUGUGACACUUUUCAUGCUUUGCUCCUGACUUAUAAAUCUUGAUAUUUUAAGUCAACACCCUAUAAAGAAAAAGUACAGUCACAUUUAUUGUUGUCACUCAUCAAUAUGGGAAACAAACUUAAGUUCCUUUACAGUAACAAGCAAAUUCUGUCUCCUUUGUGCGUUCAUAUCUGCUUUUUUUUCUGUCCAGGAUAAGGAUUCAAAGAUAGUCUUCCUCCAGAAAGCAAUAGAUGUGGUGAUGCUGGUGAGUGGCGAGCCCCUGGCAGCAAAACCAGCACGUAUUGUAGCCGGCCAUGAGCCUGAGAAAACCAACGAGCUGCUGCAGGCCAUCGCCAAGUGCUGCCUCAACAAGGUCUGUACAAGGAAACAUUCAAAGAAAGCAAAUGUGGUGUCAUCUUCUAGAUGUGUACUCCAGGGGAAACAGUCUCACUACCUUGGGGAGAUCUGUAAAAUACUCUAAUUGAACUCUAGAGGAGGAGUGUAAACAGGCGGGCAGACGCCUGGGGGAUAGUUGUUCUUUAAACUUUAUUUUGAUUAUGUAACGUAUCCUGUGUUGUUGAUUUAAAUUUAAUCAGCCUGGAUCUCCUGCAAGUCUUCAAUGUCUGCUUUGAAUCUAUAUCUGGUCACAGCUUUGACUGAGACCGCACAACUGGUUUCCAGCUUGUAAGAAAAAAACUGCAAAUGCCCAAGAUGAUGUCAGUAGUCAGAGAAUAUAGCCCAAAGAUUAUAUGUUGAUAUUUUAAGGAAAUUAGUGAUAACAACAUAUAAGAUGAUGUUUUUACAAAUUAUUGAGCAACUUUUUGAGUGUAGCAACAUUUAUGGUGCAAAGAAAAUUGAGGGCAUUUUCAACCAAAGCAUGUACUUUAUUGUUAACCUGCGAGUGCGGCCUCUCAUAUUUACUUCCAUUGUAAAGGUGUGGUCAGAGAUGUGCGUUCAUUUUUCAAUUGACAGAGUUUUACCAUAUUUCUAUUGUUCCUUUGACCAUAAGUCACAGCCACUGCCUGCUUCUUUUUAUCAUUCUUGGCUAAAAACAAGUGAGUCUGCAGUUCAAACAUUUUCAAGCAUACAGGAGCAUAAUAAUGGGGAUAUUGCUCCCUGCUGUGUUGAACUAAGUCGAGCACACCUACUCUGGGUUGCUGUUAUUAGUUGACAUCCAACUGGGAAAGGAGAGAACACAAGUGUACUGACUGAGUCACAAUGCACAGUUGUAAACAUGAACAUCAGGUUCAUUGUGAAGAGCAGGUGGUGUUCUCAGCCUUGAUCUGAAAACUAAGAAUGGUAGAUGUUUCUCAUCAGGGUUUGAACCCAGGAAUUCUGCUUAAAUAAAACUCAUCCAAUAUAAGUUUUAACAAUAUAUAAAAAUAUUCUCCUGCAUUUAAUCUGCAGUUGUCAAGUGACGACGCGGUGAGGCGAGUGCUUGCGGGAGAAAAAGUGGACAUUAAGACCAAGGCAAGCACCUCCAGGUCCCAGGACAAGGAAAACAGAGAGGGACGUGAGCGCCAUCCUGACAGAGAGGUGAGAGUCCACAGUCAACUUAAAAAUGUGGAUAUAAAAUCUGUUAUAAAAUGAUUUAUCCUACAUAGUUUAAGACAUGUUCUGACUGUGUUAGUACCAAGCCUUUUAAAGCCUGGGUCAAAGAAAGAGAUAACUUCUUUGCGAGGCAAGAGAGGUGUUUUUUUCUUAAAUAUUUAUGCUUUAUCUUGGCAUUCACAACUUUAGGAGAGGAAAAGGAUCACUGAGCGCAGCGGGAGCCGAGACAAGAAGGACCCGGACCAGCCCAAAGAGCAGGACGGUAGACACAGAGAUGGAGAGAAAGAACACCACCGGGACAGAGAACGCAGUGACAAGCACCGCCGCAGUGAACAGGACCAUCACACCAAAGACCGAGACAAAGACAAGAGCCGCGACCGGGAUCGAGACAAGGAUAGAGACAAAGGACGAGUCAAAGACAGGGACAAGGAGAAAGACAGAGAGAGGGAUCGGGAAAAAGACAAAGACAGAGAAAAGAGGAGGGAGAGAGAUUCUCACAGAGAUCAAGACAGAGACAAAGAAAAACGAAGAGACAGAGAUAAAGAGCGGGAGAGGGACAGAGAGCGGCACAAAGAGAGGGAAGAGAGGAACAAAGGCGGAGAGAGUGGCGAAAGCAAGGUACGUCACUUACUCCUACUCAAAUUAACAAUGGCAGGAGAAGGACUUAUUUACCUAUUUUGUCUCUUCUUGUUUAGGUCAGAGUGUCAGAGGAGCAACAAGGCAGCUCUGAGGAGCCCAGUAAGACAGCCAAACCCGUGCCAGCGGUAAGUGCGAUCGUUACGCAGAAUAAUCAUGUCAUAUUGAUCCUCUGAAUUCAGCCAUGAGGGUGGCAGAAUUUCAUAUAUGUGAAGUCAAAUAAAUGAAAUUUUCCGAUGACUGUGUUCAACAUAAAUGUAGACCUUGUUCACUUUCUUUCUCCUUCUCUGUUGGACUUUAAUGUGUAGGAUAUAAUGUCCUGCUCUUUGUCUCUGCAGCCCACAGAAGCAGCUGAGAACCAGGUAAGAAUCAGUGUACUGCUCGUCCUAUUAGAGAAACUCAAUACACUCAAAAAAAAAGGGCUGCAAGGUGGGAGCAAAGAACCAGGAUGAGUUGCUCUCAUUCAUUAUUUAUCUGGUAUUGAUCACCAGCAUAAUAUCAAGAACUUUAUCUUCCUUAUAACCACAGUGUUCUCUUCUUGCAUCAUAUUGAUAAUUUCUAUGAAAAGUGUUUAUUGUGUUUGAUACUGUACCAUUCCUUGGUGUGACUGUGGCUCACUUGAGAAAUAUGAGAAAGAAGAUAAUAAAUGGUUGCAAACAGGUGACUGCACAGUGUCCUAAUAUUAUAUCCCUGCGUCUCUGUCUGUCAUUCUCUAAAAGUCUGAGAGUCCAGCGAGAAUACCUCGGCCUUCAUCUGCCAAAGGACAGAGGCGGAGACCAAAAAUUGGAAGUCAGGGUAAGUCUUCCUCUCAACGCUGUGUUUGUAAUACUCUAGGCAAUGAAGCAUAACCUGUAGUUAAUAAAGAGGUCUUAACUGAGCUGUAAUAAUUAACAGGAUGGCUCUUCGGUAUGCCAAGGUAGUUGACAGCUCUCUUCUGACUCUUUUCUUCACUAUUAGCAGAAACAGUACAAGAACUCUUGUACCCCUGCCCCCCCCAAAGACAUUUUUAAGGUGUACAGUGCUCAUUUGUUCUGCUUUUCAUCACAGUCAUUGUACCCCUUCCCCUUUUCUGUCCUGAACAGAUGAGUCUGACAGUGAAGGGGGUAAGUGGCCUCUACUUCUUUUGUUUGUGGUGGUUUGAAAAAACAACCGCAAAGGAUUUAAACAAACUCGCAAAAUGUUGUCAUGAAGGGAGAGUCAUUGGUCUUGAUUUCAAGAGCAGAAAUUAACUAUUGUCAGCUUCAGCGAUAAAAGGGUAAUAAAAUUUCACAAUGAUAUCUGGUUGAUGUGUAUAAUAAAACGAGGCACAUGUGUAAGGAAAGAAAAGGCAGAAAAAUCACCACCCUUUAACUGUUAACUUGUCUAACUGAAGAGUUUGCAUUCCUUUAAGAUUAGGGCAAGUUUAAGUGAUGGGUGCCACACUGUAUGAGUAAGGGCAGUUGUGUCCUAGAAGUAUACAAACAAGUCUACCUGGUUUAUUCCAUCAAUGAAAGUACUGCACACGUGGCCUAGUUUCAUAGACCUAUACUAGCUUCUGCUUGUUCCUCCGCCCAGUGAGAGAGAAAAUGUCCUUAAACAAACUUUUGGAGCAGAAGAAAAGGAAAGUAGAAUAAAAUUAGAAGGGGAAAACACAGAAAUAAACCACAAGAGUCGAGGGAGCUACAAUGAUGAGGAUGCAUAAGGCAAUUAUAAUGGAAUUAAAAGAGGAUAGAAAAUCUGACUUGAGAUAGUAUGGGAUCUGGUAACUCAAGGAGGCUAGAACUCACUCUAUGUUACUCAGCUGAUGUGUCCUUAUCACUUGUGAAUUAUCCACAGCGAAGGUAAAAGGCACAUUUGUAUGCGCUUGUUUUAACAAUCCAUUAGGAUCCAUGAUGUAAGGGCUGGUUUAAUUUUUGCAAUUUUGACGACGCUGAGCUGACAGCAGGUUAUUGUUUUCUUUUACAGAAGGAGACGGUCAAUCAGCCCAGAGACCUGUUCCUCAGGAGAAUGGAGACAUUGCAGGCGCUUCGUCUGAAAUCGCCUCCAGGUCUGUACAAUCGACAUCCUUACGCCUGCAUUUCGCUACUCUCAUCAUACAUUUGGGAGUUUUACUUCUUUAAAGUUUGUUAAAUCUUACACCUGACUAUAAUACCUGUGAUUUGAUUCAUUAGGAAUGUUCUGAUUGGGUUUACAGCUGGGUUAUGGCAAAUUUACUGCUAUUUACAUCAUCAACAAACAUGUACACCACAUUUAAAAGUGCAUGCAUUCUUAAUUUGAAGUUUACAGUCUUAUUUUAGUGAUAUUAAUUAUCCUUUUUAAUGCAGCAGAAGAAUACCCCGGCCCAGCAGUGCUCGCCCUGCACCCCCCCGUGUGAAGAGACAAGAGAGCUCCACUGACGUGACCCCAGCUGAGAGGUGAUUCCAUCCCACUGAUUCACUCAUUUUAUAACAAUAACUCCCAAUAGAAUCAAUAAGAAUCUCUUACAUUUGUACAUAGCCCCUAAAAAUGUAGCGCCCCAGCCAGCAGGAGAGAUGGAUCCUUGCUAAGAUUAUUGGACCAGUGUGUGUCGGUUGCCAUGGUGUUUGUAACUGUCUAAUAAUAUCCUGUCUUUCAGGCUGUCAAGUGCCAAGCCCUCAGCACCAGUAAUCAUGGACGGGAAAAAACUGUCUGAGGAUGAGGAGGAUGAAGAUGAGCAAUUUGUCGUGGAGGAGGCGGCCCCUCUGCCCUCCGAUGCCCCAGAGAUGGAGCUGGUAAGUGCCAUAAACAGCGAGCCGUUCAAUUAUCCAACGGGGAAAUAAAAGCCUUGGUUUUUAUUACUGUCAUUCUGUUACAGGCGCCGGCACAAGAAUUCAACAGCGACGACAAACACGGUACACACAGACACUUUUGUUUUGUGUCUUCUUCUUCUCUAACACCAUAUGUCCUCAAGGUUUUCUUUUUUUGCCGAAUCAAACCAUCUGUUAGUUCUGCGAGGAAACCGAUCCCUCACUUUUUCUCUCACUGUUUCUCUCACAUAAGGUGGCCUUGUGAAAAAGAUACUUGAAACCAAAAAGGACUAUGAAUCAUCCCCAUCCUCCCCAAAAUCUAAAGACCAGGUACGUGUAUUAAGUAAUUCUCUUUCAUCCCCACUAGAGGGCAGUGUUAGCCUAAUGCUCGCCAACUCUUCCUCAUCAGGCAUCAGCUGUUUUUUUUUUCUCCUCCUUCUGUGAAAGUCUGCUCUCCAGCUCAAGCGUGUUAACCACAGUGAAAUGCCCAGUGCAACGCUGGUUAUUAUCAAAAGAGAGAUAUAAACAAAUGGAGGGUAGAGGUGUAAUUGCACUGCCCUGUAACCACAAAAAUGUUCCCCUUCAGUGAAGCUAAAGCGCUAAUGACCAGACAAGCAAGUAUGGCCUCCAGCGGACCACACACAAAUGAUCUGCACAUCAAGAUGUCUGGAGCAAAAUUAGGUUGUUUUCUGGAGUUUCUCAAUAUCUGAGAUAUGAUUACAUAUUUCUGCCCUGAGUGUUCGCUCUCCCUCUCCUCAUAUGGACUUCAAACAGGGAACAGAAAAUGCACAACCAGCUCUUGCUCAUUGAGAAUUUUGAUUUCACAUCAGGUUUUUUUGUUCUCAUGGUCACACAGUUGGGGUUGAAAAUCUAACUUUGUUGGAAGCAGAAUCUUGUUUUCCAAGUUGGAACCAGUUCUUGUCACCCAAGCCUACUCACAGUAUUCACAGCGCCAUCUUUAGGAAUAACCUGGAAUCAGACGUGAACAAUCAACAUGCCUCCUUCUGGAUCCAAACCUUGAUAUUUUAAUAGCUUUGCUGUUUGUCUGACUAAUGAUUUUUCUCUGGAACCUGUUGAUGGCGCUGCUGUCCUAAAGACGGCGGUCACGACAGGAAAAAAGAGUCAUGUGGUUGAUACCUAUGAAUAUUUCCUUCUUUCUCCUCACCUUCUCUGUAAUUCAGACUUUAUUUUUGACAGAGCAGGGCUUCUUUUUCGAGAUGACUCAUUCGUGCUGUUGCUCAUCCGUUCCCUUCGGUCAGCUUAUGUAUCAGCCAGGGACAGAACCAUCUCCCAUCCUCAUUUGGAGUGUGACUCAGCGUGAAUCUUACAGUUUGGUCUGUGCUCCAUGGUGUGAGGUGGUGUACACUGUCUGCUUUGGGUGGUCCUCUGCACUGAGGCAUACCCUCCCAGCAUCCCUUCUUUACUGACCACCCUGACUCUGAUGGAUGAACUGUUUUGGACUGUCACUCAUGCAGAAAGGCCCCCGAUCUACCCCCCUCCCUCAUUGGGGCCUUAGACAUCAUCCCUCGUAACUCACACCUGAAGUUCUGUAAGUUUAGGCACAAAAAAACUGAUUUUGCUUUCGAGGCUCAGAAUCCAGCGACGUGUGUUUCACAAAUAAAUGUAAAAAGUGAAUCUGAAAGAGACCAACAAAGCAGACUUAAACAAAACCACACCGAAAAGUGGUGGAGUUAUUUAGGUAAUCUGAGCGCAGCCAUGAAGGGUUUAUCCCAAUUUUCUUAAUGCAGCCUUCUCAGUUUUCAAGGGCUCCAAACCUUCAUUUCAGAGUAUCCUGUACGGUCUUUAGAGGAAGCUUCAAACAGGUAUCCCUGCACAUAGGAGCUCCUCAGUCCAGCCCUCCAUCAUUACUGGCCUUGCCUCGUCAGCUGUAUAAAGAACUGUAAUGACUUCCUUCCAGACAUGAAAGGGUGGAGAGGUCAGCUUAAUGGAGUCAUUUUUUUUUUUUUUACCCCCUCUUGUAAUCACGGCAAAACACGCAGGGUCAAAAAUGAAAAUAUUGAGCUUCCUCGUUCUAUGAGGUAUGACAGGUUUGAAAUUUCAGCAGAGCCGGUUCAUUUUCUUAGACACCGAAGUUUAUCAAAACACUGUGUCCGCAUGAGUCACGAUCCUCCUUGAUUUCAGGUACAAAGUCAUGUUCAUUUUAAAGACCGUUUUGUAUAUUUUAUUAGAAUCCACUCUAUGUUACAUUAUCUCCCUUUUGAAUUCACAUCCUUUGACGUUUUUAAUCAGUUUUUGCUUUUGUUAAUGCCAACGCUCUACUUCCUCCCCGCUACACUGAUGUAAACAACUGUAAUUCUCAAACAGGCCAAUGAUUGUAUUUUGCCAUGUCCUUCCACGGUGUGUGUGUGACUGAAGAAUUUGCUGUAUAUUUAUGGGGAUGACCCUACUCAUGACCCCUCGGCACUAUUGUAUAUUAUUCCAAGAUACUUCUCUUUUUAUUUAGACAGGAUCUGCCCUUUGCAGCAGCUGCGUUUUCAUAAGAUUUUUUGUGUACUCUUUUUUUCCCCCCUUUUCUUUACCCCCAUCAAAUUAGCCUUGAUGAAGGCUUGUAAUGUAUAAAUAAACCCCGUGGCAUACAAAUGGAUGGCUGUUGAGUGAGAGUCACGGAGGAGAAGGGCCAGAAUACUCUCUGCAGAAUUGUCAAGAAAAUAAAUACUCCUCUCUGCAGACCUCUGUGUCUUCAUAAACAUCCAGUGCUUUUUGUAGAAACACAAGGAAAUGGCCCUGUGGCAUUCCAUUAGUCAUAUCACUUUUGAAGGGGUCGUUUUGACUUGUUGAAGAAGCCCUCCUUAAGCACUCACAUCCCCACCUCAGGCUUCAUAGAAUAAUCUGUCUUCAAGCAGAAAUCUUAUCCACAAACCCUCAAAGUUCAAGAAACUGUGAAGGAUCUUAUUUUAAUUUACUUUUUGAGAUGCGUUUUUACAGUUUAUCUGCUAAAGUAAAGUCAGUGGUCUCUUUGGAAGUUUCCACUCCAAGCCUUGGGUCCUGAUCUCCGUUGUCUCCCCAAGGGGCAACAGUGACCUUACAACAACAUCCUGUAACCUUAGUGGCCGUGAGCUUUUCUCUCCACCUCACUGAGCUGAAGCUAUUUUUAUGAUCUAACUGAACUUUUAAAUGGCUGUCUAUGAAAGAUAGAAAGGAAGCUCAUAAAUAUUUUCCAGAGCAGAUUCUCAUCUUAUGCUUCGCUGUCUGGCACACCUUCCUGACCCUCUACAGGAACACAUUGUUAAAAACCAUCAGGUUGUGCAUCAGUGUCUUCAAAAUUGACACCAGCAGCCAAAAGAAGAGCUCCCAGGAAUUGUACUGCUGUUAAACGAAGACUUCAAUGAGCUGUACAACAUUUGAAAAAAUCCUGUGUUUUACAGUUGCGUACUCUUACAGUGGAAAAGCAGUUUUGGAGCUUCACUAGCUGUGGAAAUUUAGCUUUUGAAUUUGACUCUAACUUUAAAUUGAUUCAUCGUGAUUCUGGCUGAAGAAGCUUUAACAGAGCUGUGUAUAUCUGUCUCUCAUUCCCCGGUUUGUCCAAAGGGAAUAUGAUUAUUGCACAGCAGUGAGAGCAUAAAUGAAUGAAACUGACACUGAUUUCUCGCCAUCAUCUAGUCAGCCAGUGUCUAAAUUAUUAUUUUUUCUGCUAAUGAUGCCCUGGAGGUUUCUCUGCUGCUGACAGGUUCUGUGACUGCUCCCCAUUCUUCAUGUCAGGAGAUACUUUGAAGAAUGUUUUCCUCCUGCCUCAGAAAAUCCUAAUAAACAGUCCAUAAAUCACAUUUUUGCACGCUUUUCCUAAUUAAGCUGAUUAGGCGUGAGAUGAGUGGAUGAAUUCAAAAAUGUGGUGUUCAAACACGCCUGUGAAAACUGAAUUUUAUUUCCUUAUUUGGCCCUUUAUUUAAGGCUCAGGCAGAGAAGUAGUGCUUAUAAUGACAGAUUUCAACUCAACAAGGAGGUUUCUAUCCAGGAAGAAUAAAGCGCUGGUGCAAAUAAGAUUAGGUAUCUAUGUUUUGAAGAGUUGGGAUGCUGUGUAAAAUGUUGAGGGAAAAAAAGUGGUGGUUUCCAUCCUUGCUCGAUAUAAGAUUUCAGCUGCUCAACUGUCUGGCGUCCACUUUGUCAUAGUUUUCAAGUUACGAUGCGUUCAAUGUUUUCAACAGAAGUCAUAACAGCAGGCGGGCCGGUUUAGCACCUGGACUCCUCUCCUACCGAGCCAUGCUGUUGUCAUAGGAGCAAAGUGUAGUUUGGCGUCUUUUUGGUAUAUAGUUUCACGUGAGGUCUUCUUGUUCGGUAUUAAUGUUGCCCCCUCAUGUGUAAACUACCUAUGCCGUCAUGGAUGCUGGUUUUCAUCACAUGAUUUUCAAAAAAACUGUCAAAUUUUGUUUUGUAUUUAUGGCUCAUGUUUCAAAUUACACCUGUGGAGACAGUAACACUCUCUGUGUUGUGAGUUUGAGCCCAUGUAGUGAUUUCCACUACAGAGCCAUGUCUUUAUAACGCAGUGUCGACUUAGGGACAAAAGAUUAUAACCAUCCAGCAACAGAUAUCAGCCUGUUCAAUGGUCUUUGACUCUUCUGACGAUAUUAUAAUAAUAAUAAUAAUAAUAAUAAUAAUGGUAAUGGCAAUAAUGAUAAUGACAAUAAUAAUAACAACAACAAUAAUAAUAAUAAUAAUGAUAAAACAGUAAUAAUAAUAAUAACAACAAUAACAAUUAUAACAAUAACGAUAAUAAUAAUGAUAAUAACAAUAAUGAUAAUAAUGAUGAUAAUGAUACUACUAAUAAUAAUAAUAAUAAGCUUUGAUGAAUGUCACGUGAGCUGAAAGGUCAUUAAAAUGAAGACAUUAAAACAAAGACAUUAUAAAAACCCAUGAUACCCAGUCAACACAGGAACCCAAUCACACAAACCUGAGACCAAGGCGACUAUUAUAAAACAUGACUAAGAAGCGUUUAAGGUUUUAAAGAAGACAAAAUCACAUAAAAGCAAGUCUGUAAAAAUAAGUUUUAAUCACUAUUUAUGCACGAUAGUUGAUCAAAUCUUCAAAAUCACUGCAAUUUUACACUCAGGAACAUUAUUCUGGAUUUGCUGGACUAUCUCCUCACCCAGUUUUUCCACAAAGUAGUAAACCUCCUCCCCUCUGUACUUCUGAGACUCAGCUCCUCUGAAAAGCCUUUUUUAUGUUAACCUGUUGUUAGUUAGCCGAAUUAGUCGGGAAAUAAUCGUGCCAGUGUUCUUUAUUAAGGAUUACACAACAUCUUCAGCGUUUUGUUGUCCCUGUCCAAACUGUUGUUGUUGAAACAUGUUGUUGACAUCUAAUUAAAAAUCUUUUUUUUUUUUCAUUUUCAACACUUUAUUUUUUGUCUUUUCAGUUUUUCAAUAAAAACAGACUUUACAUUAUUUGUAAACCAUCAAAUUCUUUUCUUAAAUCUACAUUUUACAAAGUGUCACAUCUCAUGUAGCUCAAAGCAGCUCAAUACAUUACUCUGUAUGCAUUUCUCAGUCCACCUGCCUCAGGGUGUCUUGUCCAGGCCCCAGGAUUUCAUUGUUGUAUGAGAUAAUAGGAAAACCUGCCCCGUCCCUCCUCUUUCACCCCCUGCUCCUCUGUGGUCACCACGUCUAAAUAUUGUUCUCUGAUCAGGGUGAGAAAAGGAAAACUAGGAGCACACUGAUCUAGUAGACCACAACAGGGACCUCCAUAAAGCUGUGAUUUAUGUCCACCAGGACAGAGUGCACAUGAACCAAGGGUCAUGUUUUCACGCCAAGUUUUUUAUUUUCCAACAGAGAAGCAGGGAGGAGGGGGGCUGUGGUAGCAAGGAGGACAGCAAAUAGACUGAAGCCAUGGGUCCUGUCUGGGCUGUGCAGACCAAACCACAGCCAGGCAGGCUGAAUGAGCCGGAGAGUGUUUGUCUAGCUGCAGGGUUCACAGCGCCCAGUGGAAAGCCACCCACCUUGUCAGGGGACCGCUGCUCCAAAGCAUCUCUUCCACUCACACUUCUGAAACUGCCACAAAUAAGUAACAGGGUUUCAGGCCGUCGUGAGUUUGUACUUGAUGGAAAACAAUGAUGUUUGAUGUCACUCCUGCAGUGUGGUCUUGUCUUGUCAAGCUUCCUUUUUUGAAUUGUAAUUACUUAGCUGUUUGGUUUGUUUUAAGAGAUGUCUCGAUAAAGCAAAUGAUAUAUGCACCAGCUGUGCAACCAUAUGUGGCCGGGCUCCCCCGAGCGGGCUGCAUGACAGACUGUGUGUUUUGAAGAGGAAACUGUCAUUGGGUUUACACGCCGUCACAAAUAUGAUUCCGGCCGCCUCACGAGGGCAGGUGCUCCCAUCUGUGGAGCCAAAUAGAAUAAAUCGGACCACGAGUUGAACUUGAAAGGAGGCAUAAGUGUAGUAGUUGUUACCCAAUACUGUAGUAAAAUAACCCCACUGCCACAGCCUGUUACUAAAAUAAACAAGAGCGAGAAGGCAGGUGGGGGCUGUGUGCGUCCACUGUAUGCUUCGCCCGAACCUCCGCUUAGCUCGCGUGUAUGUGUGGCGCUUUAGGGUUGUCGUACUGAGUGCUUUCGCAUUACACACACUCUGAGGCCUUGCGUGGUCCAGCUGAGCAAACAUCCUUGGGUUUGCUGCCUGCCAAGGGAGGUCCUACCCUGAUACCUUCCCCUCCUUUUCACCAUCAGGGGGGGGGACUGAGUGUAAUUUGGAUUUUCUAACCCCCCUCCUCCAACCGCACACCAUACACUGGAGGCCUUCAUCAGCCAGUCCCCCCUACUUUAUCCAACACAAUUCAGCCGCAUGUUUGAUCUUUAUAUAUACAGCUAGGUUAGGAGAAUUCCUGCCUAACAUUUUUAGCCUUGAAAUCCCAAACCACUAAAUGCAGCCCUGCUCUGGCUCUGGACAUUUGAGACUUUGCUGGCAAAGGUAGAAUUCCUUGAGAGAGUUUAUUAUGUUUUGGUCUGGGGACACUUAAAUGAUUGUUGUGUGUUAUCAUACAGCUGUUAGACACCGUGUUUAGUUUUAAUCAGGCCGAUUAUAUGAAAACAUGUUGGUUUAUCCACGCCUGUUUAGACUCUAAGUAAUUAAAUUAAUCAUUCCUGGAAUACCAGCAUGUGCAUUCCUCAAAUGUCACUUCUUAAGAUUUACUGUUGUCUCUACAUCUGGCACAGAACGUGGUGUCCGAAGCAGCGAGGAAGAAGGAGCGAGACUUGGUGACGCGGGAGAUAGACCGGCUCCGCGCUUCCAUCCAGACGGUGUGCCGCAGCACCCUGCCUCUAGGUAAGAUCAUGGACUACAUUCAGGAGGACAUGGACGCCAUGCAGGCUGAGCUGAACAACUGGCGGCGGGAGAACAAAGAACACGCACAGGCCUUGCUGCAAGAACAGAGGUGGGUCUCACACAUAUAACUUUAACCUGUUUUAUUGCUGGUACCAGUUCAUAUCCAGACUAUUCUUAUACUGAUGAGCAAUCGUAAGGUUUCUGUGUAUCUUUAAACUAUCAGACAUUGCAGGUGACUUUAAUUCAUCCUUAAAUUCAUCCUUUUUGUAUAUUGUGUGUGUGUGUGAUGGACGCUUGUUUCUGCUACAGUUCGACAGACAGGGCAGUGGAGCCUCUGAAAGCAGAACUAGCCGAACUGGAGCAGCUGAUCAAGGACCAGCAGGACAAGAUUUGUGCUGUAAAAUCCAACAUCCUGAAGAAUGAGGAGAAGAUCCAAAAAAUGGUGACCGGAAUCAACUUCUCCUCCAAAACCUGAAGUGAGAAAUCAAGUCUCUGGUGACAAAAAAGUCUUCAUCUAAAAUGCACUUAAGGUUUAGGAGUGAGCUGUGUCGCAUACAUGAUGAUGAAAAUACCAUUUUUGCCAGAGAUGGUGGGACCAAACAGCACUUUGAGGGGUUUCUGUCAGAGGUGGAGCCCAAAACAUACCAGAAAUCAUCAUUCAGGUGAUAUUAGUUCACAAAACCGAUAUGAUGUUUCCCCCUGGCUAACAUCGGCUAACAUGAAAUAAAAAAAGAGAUCUUCCUGCUCCGCACUCUAACCUUACAUCCUCUUCUCCCUCUUCCCCUGUAACGGUGCCUUUGUGGAAUAAGCUGGUGAGCAGCCCGUGACUUGAAUGUUAGACUAGAUAGUUCUUUUCAAUUCUGGGUCAGUAAUUUACUCAAAAAAAAAAAAAACAAUACAUGAAUGUCUGUUUUGCUGUACAACAGCAACAACCAGUGGACCAAAUGUUAAAACUUACUUCUCUGUUUUACUUAUGAAUUCAAUGAGGGGCAAAAAUCAUCAACGUGUGGCAGGUUUCAAUAUCUGUAAAUCACUCACUCCAUGUUUCAGGGCAUGAAAUUAAGUUUUGAGGACUGAGCAGCCUUUAUAACGAUUAAUGCAUGUGCUGUAACCCUAUUGGAAGGGCUGCACGACUAUUUAACUUUCUUACAUGCUAACAAUGUGGAAAGAAAUACGUUUGAAAUCCAGGGCCUAUUUUUAGAGUCCAGAUAAAAAUUUAUUCUCAAUGAUUUCAACUUUUGCACAUCAUCUUUCUUUUUCUUUAACACUACUUACACCUGAUUAGUGGUAUAACAAACAGCUCUAUGCUUGCUGUUAAAUGUUUCUUAUUUGGGGAGACAAAUGACGCCCACUUAGGUGGUAAUGCUCAGUGUGGCACAUUAUCAAUGAUAGUGACAGAGCAUAUGUUUUACAUCUUACACCUCCUUUCUGAUAGGUACAGUUAGUUAAUUGUAGGUACAGUAUCUUAAGGUAUGGUACUUUAAAGUAAAGUAAAGGGAAAACACCCCAUACAGAGUAGUUACCACUCUUUGUGUUUAACAUCAUCUCUUUAUAGACUUAAAGAUCCUGUGAGGAGAUUUCAGCAGGUCUCUAAACAAACUGGAACAAAUAUUAAAAUCUCCUUGACCUGAAAUUAAACAAGAUCAUCAACAAAUAGUAGGAACUAUGAUUUUUCUUGUAAUUAAAAUAAAGUGGUGAAAUGCACCCUGCUGAUAGUCUUUACGUGUCUGUCAGCUAAGAUUAUCCAUGAGUGAUAUAAUCAGCCUUUGUAAGAGAUCAUUAAUUAGACGUGUACACUGCUAAAUCACCACAAAAAGUCCCUCAUAUGAGCUUUUACAAACAGACACUUUCACUAGAUUAAUUUUUGGCUUGAAGUAAUCUGCUUUACUCAUGUAGUUUGUAUGAAUAUAUGAAGCAAUACUUGGUCGUUAACUGCAGUAAUUGUCUGGAGAGUGUAGAUGUGAACCUAAAAGUAAAGAUUGUCACUGUUUUCCUUAUAUUCCUGAUGAUUUCAUUUCACUGUUGUCUGUAUGUGAGUGAAAUACACGUAAGAAAAACGCAGUCUCCAUAUUUUAGUUCUAGUCUCAGUGUAUUAAUCUGAAUUAGUGUGAGUACUUUAAAAUGCUACCUCUGUCAGUUUCUGUGCAGAUUUGAGGCUCAGAAAACAAAGACUGCCAAUGUCAGCAGGGACUUCUUAACACUUGCCAUGACAUCCAAGUUGGAUUGAUGAAUGUAAUCCACAAUAUCUGUUUAAUUUUAGGAAACUAAACAGACAAGUUGUGUCCAAAAAUGGUUUUAUUGGUAGGUCUAAACGCACAUUUAUUUCUUACUAGAGUCAACAUGACUAUAGCUAGUCCUGGGCAGAAAUUCACAGCUUCUCUAUGUGUUAAAGUGGAACUCUAUCAGAGGUACGUCUCGAGAAACGGAUAUCAAUCUGAAAUAUAUGUAAGGAACACUCACUUUGACCAUUUAACAGUCAUAAUGUACUCUUUAUUUAGUCUUUCAUGUCAGUAUUAUGUUUAUUCCAUCAAAUAUAAAUGUCAGCACUACCCUAAAAUAUUUCAGUCUUAAGAGCAAAACUCCUGAAAAAGAGAAUUUGUUAUAUGACAGCACUAUUUACACUGUAAACUCUUUGUAUCAUAUCCUGUGUUUAUCUUCAAACUGUAUAUACUGUACAUGUGAAGAUUGUAUUAUAGUUCAAAUAAUGAUAUAAUUUUGUAGUGGAGUGAAAUAAAAGUUACAUUUCAAUA